GACACGCUCCACGCAGUCAUACUCCCUUUGCAACUGACGUUCACUUCUGCAAUAAUUGCUGCCUGACAGAACUUCCCUGCUCUACGAUGACCCGCAUCCUCUGCUUGGGCCUCUGCCUCCCCGUCCUCGUGCUGCUGUCCCUCACGUGCCCGGCACGUGCUGACCCUCCACGCGCCGUGUCCUCUCUGCGCAGGACGGCUCGCGCCCCAGCUGCAAAGGUGCGUUUAGCGGGCAAUUUCGCGCAUGAGCCGUACGAAGGGCGCGUGGAGGUGCUGCACAACAACACUUGGGGAACCGUCUGCGACGAUGAAGUGGACAUCAAGCUGGCUAAUGUUGUCUGCCGAGAGCUGGGGUACCAGGGAGGUGUCACGUGGGCCCACAGCGCCAAGUUUGGGGAAGGGACAGGUCCUAUAUGGAUGGAUAACGUGCGUUGCGAUGGCUCAGAGAAAUCCCUGAAGGACUGCAAACACAAUGGAUGGGGGGUGAAUGACUGUAAACACUCUGAAGAUUUAGGGGUGGUGUGCACCACACAGCGUAGGCUUGAUCUGACACCCCCCAUCAGGGGGUAUACUACUGCUGCUAGGCCUCAUGGCAAUACCUCACCUCAGUGGGGUGGCCAUGUGGCAACCCAGAGGCAUCCAGGGUAUGGAUACUAUGGAAACGGACAUGAAUAUGAGAUCCCCAGACUCCAAAGACCUCAUCACCAUUAUCAGCGUCACAGUAAGGUGCAGAUCGAAGAGGUCCGUCUACGCCCCAUCCUUAUGGCUACUAAGGGGAAGGCCCUGAUCGCAGAGGGGGCAGUAGAGGUGAAACAUGCUGGCAGAUGGAGGCAAGUUUGUGACAAAGGCUGGAGUCUAAACAGCAGCCGGGUUGUGUGCGGGAUGCUUGGCUUUCCAGAAGCUACUCAGCACAAUGUCAAAAUGUACAAGAAGAUUUGGGAUUCCAAGGUUAAAGAUCCAACCACAAGAUUAAGUUACAUGGCAAAAAAGAAGGGAUUUUGGAUGGAAAAAGUUCACUGUCUUGGUACAGAGAACAGCUUGUCCGAGUGCCACGCUCAACUGUCAAUCCCCCGGAGUCCCACCCCAUGUAAGAACGGAAGACACGCUGUGGUCAAGUGUUUACCAGGACCACAGUUUGCUCGCAUCUCUUCUGGAAGACCACAAGCUCCUUAUCCAGUGGUGCCCGUGCGUCUGAAGGCAGGCCCCAGACUGGGAGAGGGGCGCGUGGAAGUGCUCCGAAAUGGAAAAUGGGGGACCAUUGUGGAUCACCUGUGGGACCGGACCGCAGCCAGUGUAGUUUGCAGGGAGCUGGGCUUUGGUACGGCCAAGGAUGCCCUUCAGGGAGCCUUUAUGGGUCAAGGUACUGGACCUAUACACAUGAACUCAGUGCAGUGCAUGGGGUCUGAGCGCUCCAUCCUGGACUGCUACUUCCAAGAGGUCCAACCAUGGACAUUUAAACACACCCAAGAUGCAUCAGUACGCUGCAAUAUCCCAAAAACUGGCACAGAGAAGACGGUGCGGCUCAGUGGAGGAAGAGUCCCAUCAGAAGGUCGUGUGGAGGUCCUAAUGGAGGUUGGAGGUCGAAAACGCUGGGGAUCGGUCUGUAGUGAAAACUGGAGCAUCAAUGAAGCCAUGGUGGUGUGCCGACAGCUCGGUUUGGGCUUUGCUGCUAAUGCUCAUCAGGAAACGUGGUACUGGCCUGGUAACGCAAAUGCGAGUGAUGUGAUUCUCAGUGGAACUCACUGCGUGGGCACAGAGUUGUCUAUUCAGCAGUGCCGCCGCAAUAGCUACGUCCACUGUCCUCGUGGAGGCGGAGCAAAGGCUGCAGGAGUCAGCUGUUCAGACACGGCUCCGGAUCUAGUUGUGGAUGCUCAGCUGGUUCAAGAGACAGCCUACCUGGAAGACCGACCUCUUCACCUGCUGACCUGUGCCAAUGAAGAGAACUGUCUGUCGUCAUCUGCUGCAAGGAUGAACUGGCCGUAUGGCCAUCGGCGUUUGCUGCGCUUCUCCUCCCGCAUCAUGAACCUGGGUCGGUCCGACUUCAGACCCAAAGCAUCGAAAGAUAGCUGGACGUGGCACCAGUGCCACAGACACUACCACAGCAUCGAGGUGUUCACGCACUACGACCUGCUGACUCUGAAUGGCACCAGGGUUGCAGAGGGACACAAGGCCAGUUUCUGUCUCGAGGACACAUACUGCCCUGAUGGACUCCACAAGAGGUUUUCCUGCUACAAUAUGGGAGAUCAAGGAAUCUCUGUGGGGUGCUGGGACACCUACCGCCAUGAUAUCGACUGUCAGUGGGUGGAUGUCACGGAUGUUCGUCCAGGUGACUACAUCUUUCAGGUGGAAGUCAACCCUUCUUUGGACAUGGCUGAAUCCGACUUUAUGAACAAUGUCAUGAGAUGUCGAUGCAAGUAUGACGGCCACAGAGUUUACAUGUAUAGUUGUCAUGCAGGUGAUGCUUACAGUGCAGAGGUUGAAGACCUGUUUGAGCAUCAGAGACAAAUCACCAACAAUUUCGUGUAGACUGUUCAUUUAGAUGGCCCCACAGUGGGAAGCAAUGUCCGUUCGGGGGGGGCUGUGUGCAACACUCCAGCCUCCUUGGACCUUGAAACCCACAAUGAAAGAAGAUGCUACGGUCAAAAUAUGAAGAAGCACGUCGCAUCCCUGCAUCAACCAACAAAGGAUCUCUAACCUCAAGUCAAAAACCUUACAUCAGUAAGAGUGGAAUAGCUGCCUCUUGGUUUGUUUCUACGCCAUAAUAAGAAGUUUCAAAAUGUAGAUUAGAACAUUUGAGAUUCUGAAUGUAGAUGAUCGAUAUUCCUCACAAAAUAUUGAAAUAAAAAACAAUGCCACUGUAGCACAAGUAGCAGGUGAUCUACAGACAUUCAGAGAAAAUGUAACAUAAAUGGGUUUAUUGGCAUCUUUUUUCCAUUUUUUCCCUUUUUCUUUAUAGAUUCAGUAAGAAUUAUUGUGCUUAGACUAAAUUAUUGUUGAAUAUGACUGAAAUACUGGUGCUUUUUGCCAAUACUGUACUUUAUGACAUAGACCUCACUACGUUUUAAGUUAACCGGGGUGUACAGGACGUUUUAGAUUUAGGUUUUCUUUUAUUACUGCAUUGGUUUAAACAAAAGAACGUAGUCAUGCUUUGCAUUUAUAAUACACAGGAGGGCAGUUUGUUUCUAUGGAAAUAAGCACUUUAUCUUUAAACAACAGUAUUCAACUUUGACCCCUCCUAUUCUGUUUUGAUUAGCUAUCAAAAUCGACUUAACUAACACUAAUGUCUAACUUUACGUUUUUUGUUUUUUUUAACAAUAAUGUUCACAGUAAGCAUUCCUACUUUUAGGUGUUACAUUAGAUGAUUUUAUUGUGUUUUUCCAACCAGGAAGGUGAAAUGUAAGCCUCAUGUUUCAUGCUAAAAUGUACUAUUUAUGUUGUAUUUUAAAACUUUAUUUAUUCAUGGAUUUCACAUUAAGCAUAUUUUGUAGUUUCAUAAGAUUAGAUUUGUUUUUAUUUUUCAGGCAUAGCAAAACAAAGGGGGAAAAGUGAGUUCAUGCAGUUCUUAGAAAACAUUGUAUUCCAUGAUUCAGAGGAAUCAGUUUGAAUUUUUUUUUUUUUACUUUUGUCAUUAGGAAAGCUGUAACUGUGCAGCUUUUUCUCUUCCAGCCUCUUUCAUGAGAUGGAAAAGUGGUCUGACAAAACCACAGUGCUGUGGUAGACAGGCAGGCUGGGUUUUUGGGGCAUAUAAAAAGCCUUUUAAUUAUGUCUGUAUGGUUAGACUAAAGAUUACGGUUUAGAUUAAUGCUUAAACACGGGCUUUAUAAAGUAACACCAUUGGAACUGUUACUCAUGGAAUGGUGGAAAGGGCAAAAAUCUGGAUCUCUAUCUUUAUAGAACGACAAGAGAUUCUCUCUUUCUGAGUUUUGACAGUGGGAGACAGUAUCUGACGGACGAGUAGUUUCUCUACAAAAGCUGCCAUUUUAUAGGCAGCCCUUUCGAGUGAGACUGUCCAACAAAAAAGAAAAAUUGGGAGAAAAAAAACACACUCCUCUGUUCACAUUUCAACUCAAUAUAAAGAGUGACCUUGUUUUUAUGCAAGCUAAGACUUAUAAAAAUGUACUGUAACUCGCAACACUUUGCUGAAUAGGGAGGUUUCAUCAAACUAGACUUCAUUAAUUGAACCAUGGAACAUGUGAUGAUGAAGUUGCCUUAGCCUUUGUGUACGUGAUGUGUUUGGCUUCUCAUCCUAAUGAAGCUGUGGCUGUUACAUGGCUUUUGAAGGGACGUUUUCCAGAACCUGUCACUGAAAAAGACAGUUUUAGCCUUUUUUUCCCCAUCAUAAGGUUUUUUAUUACUUUUUUGUGCUUUACAAUUAACUUUUUCAAGUGUGGAUAUUUCCAAACAGUCAGCACAGUUGUUGUUGAUCGUUUGAGUCAGAAUUCUUCCAAAUUAUUAUUUCUGUUGCUUUGUUCUACUCUUAAAUUGGUUUAUAAACUAUACCAUGGUCUGCUGUAUGUUACCAUAACAUUGUUUGGCAAUCCAUUGCUCUAGUUGGUUCAUAUUCUUUGUUAUAGUGUAUAAGAUCCUAUGCAAUGAGCAUAGCACUUUUAUUGUUUUCUAAGGCCAGUUUUGCUUUCAGAGCUGAGUAUGAAAAAGUGACACGUAACUGCAGUCAAUAUUCAUAAGAAAAGCUGUGCUCAGGGAUUUUGACCUCAUCUAAAUAUUUAAAGAUAAUACACUCCAUGUGAUGUGAUUUAGUUUGCUUUUAGCUGUGAUGACACAAAACAAACUGCUGCCAUGUGAACUGUCAGCAAUCCUACAACAAGUAAUCUGUACCCUGGAUUUUUUUUUUUUCACAGGUAAAAUUUAAAGCGCGCAUGUGAUGUGCUUUUGUUUGUUUUUGCCCUGAGGGGAAGUUCAGAUAACUGUGGAUACACACUGGCUGAGUCAGAGUCAAAACACAAUCCAUUCACUCAUCAUUACUGUGAAUCAAUAAACCUUCAUCUAACACUAA